GUAUAUUUUACUACGAGAUCCAAAUCGAAUUAAUCUAGUUCCAAGUGGAUCAUCAUAUUCAAUCUUAAAUGCUUCAAAUACAAAUCCAGAUUCAAAUAAUCUAUUUCCUGAUAUAACAGUUUCUCAAUCAAUUGAUGUUAAUAGUGUCACUGACAAUUAUUUUUCUCAUUUUUGGAAAUCCGUUGAAAGUGUAUUCUUUUGGAUUAAUGGAAGAUGGGAUCAACUUGACCAAUGGGAUUUUAUACCUCUUGACAUUUUGGCUAUUCUUGCAAGCAUUUUACUUGUAAUGAUCAUGCAAAAUAUGUUGAUUGCGUUUAUGACAAAUGCAUUCGAAGAAGCACAAUCUACGAGUGAAGUUGCAGUUUUGAGACACCGAGCUGGCUUAAUUGCGGACUUUGAAACUCUUGAAAAACCGUUUGGAAUGACACGUGAAGAUCGACGUUAUAUAUAUUAUAUAGGAAAAGUCAAUUACCAAGAGGACUGGCUAGAAAAAGCUGAAAAUUAUCGAUCAACCCAUCAUGCUUUGCUUGGUGAAGAAAUUGUCGAGGAGGCUAGCGAUGAAGAUAGUGAUGAUGAUUCUCAGAAAGAAAAAGUUAGUGAAGAAAUGAAAACACCUUUGAAAGUUGAAACAGGGACUAAACCCAGUGAUGAUUUACAAAAAAGAGUUCAGGGAAUAGAAGGUAAAAUUGAAGAAAUUUUGGAGUUGCUAAAAAAAAAGUGA